UGCAUUGUUUGAGAAAAAAACAGAAAUAGUAAUAAAUCAACAACAGCGAGCUUACACACUGUCAUAAUUAAAAUAUAAAAAAUAUGAAAACAGCUUUUAUAAAUAUCGCAUGCCGAAAGGACAUAUACAAUUAAAGUUUUUUCCCUAUGUCAAAGAAAUGGAUAUAACCUUAAGUGAAUAUUGGCAUGAAACUCUCUUUGAAACCAAUGGAUAGCUUAUCUCAAUCUUAGUUUCAAAAUGGGAUAUGCAGAAAUCAAUGAACGUUCGCAUCCGGACGUUUUAUAAAGAGAUAUUAAGAUGUUUCGUGACGUCUUUACGACAUACAGAUACUCUUCACAUUUAGGAUUAACCACAAGUUAUUAUCUCUCAAUACACUUAAUGACGCGCCAACCUAAUUAAGAGUAUAAAUUGUUUGCGUUGGACGAAAACAUUCAUUUACAAACACACACAAAAAGUGAUUAGACCAGAAUGUCAAAGUUUAUUGCUAGACGUAUUUCAAGAAAGCUAUCACGAAAUAAGAAAAAGUUGUUAUACCAAUGUCAAAGCAAUAUAGCCAUGUUUGGUGCAAGUUGCGUUGGUAAAACAGCCAUCAUGAAAAAAUUUGCUACAUCCUUAUAUCAAGAUGAAGAUUAUAAACCGACAUUAACUGAGGUGUACGAGCGUUCAAUUACACUGAGAUCUCAAGAUGGAAAAGUUUGUAAACACUCCUUAUCGCUUUUAGAUACAUCGGGAAAAUUGAGAUUAGAUUUCCCAUCCAUGUAUAGGCAAGCGAUUAUUAGCUGCGAAGCAUUUGUGCUUGUCUUUGCCUUAGACGAUGAAAAUAGUUUGACUGAGAUUGAAGAUAUUUUAAGAGAUAUCGACAUUAUAAAGAAAGGAUUCACAUCACCAAUUCUGAUUAUAGCCAAUAAAUCAGAUGCAGUCGAGAGUAACGGACAACAAAACAAACUUUCAAAACAACUAGCAAACAUAAAUCGAGGAUGUUGUUUUAAAACUUCAGCUCUUAAUCAGAGUGAUUUUACGGAAAGUUUUGUGUACUUACUCACAGAGAUUGAAAGAAGAAAAGGGAUAGACAGGUCUUUCUACGGUGUACAAGUUGAGCGAUGAAAAUAUUUAUUAAGGUAUAAGGUAAUUUAUUGGUAUGUAAUAUUUGUAUAUAUGUGAAAUAAUAGAUAUACAAUAAUUUAUUGAAAAGAUUGUCGUUUAGGAUUACAACAUGUUAAGCAGGGCUUG